AUGGCCGCCCCGCCGCAGCUUCAGGCAUUGCUCCUGGCUGUCAACACAUUGCUGCGCAAGCGCCGCUACCACGCUGUGUUGGCCAUGCUCAAGGGCUUCCGGAAUGGGGUCGUCUAUGGAGCCAAAAUCAGAGCCCCCCACGCGCUGGUCAUGACCUUUCUCUUCCGGAGUGGCAGCUUUCGGGACAAGCUUCGGGCCAUCCUGCAGGCUACGUAUACACACUCCCGGAACCUGGCCUACUUCGUGUUCAUCUACAAGGGGCUCUGUGCCCUGCAAUCUCAAGUGCAGGGUGCGACCUACCAGGCACACUCUUUCUUGGCUGCCUUCAUCGGGGGCUUGCUGGUGUUUAGAGAAAACAACAACGUCAACAGCCAGAUCAACAUGUACAUCACCUCACGUGUCCUGUCUGCCUUGUGCCGCCUGGGUGUUGAGAAGGGCUACAUACCUGAGCCAAGAUGGGAACCAUUCCCGAUGGUCACCGCCGUAAUGUGGGGGCUGGUGCUAUGGCUCUUCGAGUACCACCGGCACACGCUGCAGCCCUCACUACAAUCCUCCAUGACCUACCUGUAUGAUGACAGCAACGUGUGGCACGACAUCUCAGACUUCCUCAUCUACAACAAGAGCCGCCCCACAAAGUGA